AUGGGGGAUGCUGAGAAGGCCGGGAUACUGAACGCCUUCUUUGCUUCUGUCUUCACUGCAAAGACUCCCCCUUGGGAAUCUUGGACCCUGGAGUCCCAGCGCCGUGUUACAUUUCACCUCCCAGAUGGCUCCCAGGAAAGCUGCAGUGACAGUGGUCUGGGAGACCACGAGCCGGUGGGUGGUGGAACCCUGAUCUCACACCCUCUCCCUCUGGUUCAGCCGCAGGACGAAUUCUAUGACCAGGCCUCACCGGACAAGAGGACUGAAGCUGAUGGCAACUCCGACCCCAACUCGGAUGGGCCUCUUGGGCCAAGAGGAUUAGCUGAAGCUACAGAGAUGUGUACUCAAGAAUGCCUGGUUUUGGGUCAUUCAGAUAACUGUUGGAUGCCUCCCAGCCUGGGUCCAUACCAACAGCCAAAGUCUCCUAUGUCUACCUUUGCACCUCAGAAAGAAUGGGUUAAGAAGGACAAAUUAGUUAAUGGACACACAUUGACCAGGACCUGGAAAGAAGAUAGCAACAGAAACCAGUUCAGUGAUCGAAAGCAGUAUGGUUCCAGUGAGGGCCAUUUCAACACUGGCAAUCACAUGACUGACAUUCCUCUGGCCAACUUGAAGUCUUAUAAACAGGCCUCAGGAGCUGCUGAGAGUCCAAAGGAGCACCAGCUAUAAGAAAUGGUUACUUUGGACCAAUGACUUUAGCCUACUUAGACUUGCUAAUACUGUGUGUGUGUGUCAGAGCUUUAUGUACUGGGUAGACCUCUAGAACUAUGUUUCACCUAGCAGAGAGAUGCAUAUCUUUAUGUUAGCACCGUGGAAGGUAUGGUGUCCUGCAAGAUGAAAGAGAGUUUCUACUAGUUGUGUGGUUUUGUUAAAUAGACAUGAUUAAACUCUGCAGCAAUCUCUCCAGUUUGAGAAUAUUCUUUUUUUGUUUGUUUGUUUUUUGACCCUGGACUGCUGCUAUGAACAACAGAAGAUGCAUUUGGAGAGUGGGAGAGCAAGAAAGUUCAUUGGAUUGCAAUGAUUGAAAAGAAUAUCCAGUUAGAAAAUUGUGCUUUUGUUGUCAUUGAUCUAUGCUGGGACCAUUAUACUUGAGAUCAUAUUGCAAACAAAACAACUGAAACUGUAAACAUUAAACCUAUUGUGCUAUUAACAAUCCUAGUGGACACUUAUAAGUCAAUCAGUGUUCAAAUACUUGUAAAUAGAAACAAUUAUUACUUACAAAAUUUGUGUACUUAUAACGUUCACUUGAAAAGAUACGGUAGCAUAUUUCUGUGUUUCAGAGUUGCUUUUUACUUUUUUUCAUUUGCUUCCUGUUGUUUUGCUUUCAUUUUCAGUGAUGGUGUUUCUGUGUUAGUAAUCUGUCUGACACACAAUGUUCCAAGGAACUCAAAACACUUGUGUUAAAAGGAAAAAAAAAAAAAAAAGGAUUGAUGAGGUGGGAGAGAAGGUUGCUGGUAGAAAGGAGAACAAGAAAAAAAAAUGUUUUUUUCUUUCUAGUAGUAGUAAAUGAUGCUGGCAUUAAGGUAGAUAUUUUUUUCCAAAUAUUAAGCAGUGAAAGGAUAUAUGUAAGGGCUUUCACAAAUUGCAACUUUUUUUUUCUUUUAACUUCCAUUCUGUUUCAUAAAACAGGGAAACUGCAAAACAAAGGAGUAUUUAGAUUUUUGUUGAUACAAUGGGUAAGGGUGAAAGCUGCUAAUUUGGAAUCCUUGAUCAAGUUAGCUGCAGUCUGGAAUUUAAUGAGUGGCAGCUGACAUUGAUCUCAGCUGGAAUUUAUGAAGGAAAUUAUAAAGGAAUAAAAUACAAUAAUCAUAUUUUUCCAGUUGGGCAAGUGUGUGUCUAUACCUAAGACAGUCUGUAUUGCUGAAACAGCAGCAUUUGUGUGGAUCUUCAUCUGCGUUAAUGUUGUAGUAACACAAGUGUUUUUAGACCAUAGCCAGAGAAUAUUUAAUGUGUUGUGCCUUCAUGAUGUAACAGAGCAUUCUCCUGGUAGGCUAGUUGGGGGAAAUAAAGGGUUAAAUCUCUAGUUAUUGCUGUUUAACUGUUUGUUAUCAUAGUUGGUCAAUGCCUGGCAGGUACCAGUAUCAUGUCACCUCCGUCAAACCAGCAGAGUGACUACUAAUGUUAAUAAGAUCUAAGUUGCACGCAAAGCAAAUCCAAAUCCAAACAUUCUUAGAUUGUUUUUGUUAAAGCAUGACAGAUUAUUUACACAAAUAAGUAGCAUGCAAAAAUUAAAAAAAAAAUGUCCUUACAGAAAAAAAAGCAGAAGUUACUUAUGCCACAGUGAAACAUCAAUCUUAAAAUAACAGUUAGAUAACUUGAAGGUGAUUUUAUUCUUACCACAAACACAAAUUUUUUUCUUCUUUAUUCUUUUGUAUAUAGUAGUUCACAUUAUUUUCUUCCUCCAUAAUAUAAAAGGCAUUAAAUGGGUUAGGGGUGCAUUGCUUAUUGCAGUACUUAUGUCAGUUUGUGAGGGGUGUUUGAUGACUUUGACAGAAUAAAUAUCUAACCAGUUAUCCUUGUUACUGCUUUGCCAGUUCAACGUUAUUUACUUAUUCAGCUCU